AUGUCUGGUGCAAAGAUCCUGCAAUUCCUUCAGAGCCUAUCACGCAGGAAACCUCUGGAGCCUGAAGGCGAGGUGUCCAAUUUCCGCCGCUGCUUGACCACCCUUGACCUUGUGGCUUUGGGAGUGGGAAGCACUUUAGGGGCUGGCGUCUAUGUGCUGUCAGGAGAAGUGGCCAGAACUGUGGCCGGGCCCAGUAUCAUCAUCUCCUUCUUGAUUGCAGCCGUAGCUUCAGUCUUUGCGGGAUUAUGCUAUGCUGAAUUUGGAGCUCGUGUUCCCAAAACUGGUUCGGCCUACCUCUACAGCUAUGUGACAGUGGGGGAGAUUUGGGCUUUCAUCACGGGCUGGAACCUUCUACUGUCUUAUGUAAUAGGGACAUCUAGUGUGGCCAGAGCGUGGAGUGGAACCUUUGAUGACCUCAUUGGAAAUGUCAUUGCCAAUUCCCUGGGGAAAAAAGCUUCCAUGGAUUUGCCUGGAUUAGCUCCCUACCCAGACUUCUUUGCAGCUGGUCUUAUUAUUCUCUUGGCAGGCAUUCUUGCAUUCGGUGUUAAAGAAUCAGCCAUUGUGAACAAAGUUUUUACAGCAAUUAAUAUUGUAGUGUUGCUAUUUGUUAUCCUCACUGGAUUCAUAAAGGGAGAUCUCAACAAUUGGUACAUUGAUGAAGAAACUCUCCAAAAUUCACUUGGAAACACAUCAUCACUGAAUGAAACCAUAGCUUUUGGAAAAGGUGGAUUUUUCCCUUUUGGCUUUGAGGGAACACUGGCAGGAGCAGCCACUUGCUUUUAUGCAUUUGUCGGCUUUGACUGUAUUGCCACGACAGGGGAGGAGGUUCAGAAUCCUCAGAAAUCCAUCCCAAUAGGAAUUGUGGCAUCCCUCCUCAUUUGCUUCCUGGCUUAUUUCGGCGUGUCCGCUGCCUUGACGUUAAUGAUGCCAUACUAUUUGCUGAGUGUUCAUAGCCCAUUGCCUGUGGCUUUUACUUAUGUGGGCUGGGGCCCUGCAAAGUAUGCCGUGGCAGUGGGAUCCCUCUGUGCUCUGUCAACAAGCUUACUGGGAUCAAUGUUUCCAAUGCCCCGAGUCCUUUUUGCCAUGGCGAGGGAUGGCCUUCUCUUCAGCCAUCUAAGCAAAGUGAGUGAGAGACAAAGUCCUGUCAUUGCUACACUGGCUUCAGGUGUCGUCGCAGCCAUCAUGGCAUUAUUGUUCGAUCUGAAGGCGCUGGUUGACAUGAUGUCCAUUGGAACCCUCUUUGCCUACACUCUUGUUGCCAUAUGUAUUCUCAUAUUAAGAUAUCAAGCAGAUAUCAAUGCUGAUAACAAAGAAGAACCAUUUACAGUCAGUGCACUAUUUUUUCCUCAUUCACAAUGCACUUCACGGACGUCAAAAAAUGUGUCUGUUUUGACAGUUUGUAUCAUAUUUUUAGCAACUAUUCUGAGUCUCUUGAUAUCCCAAGCGGGGACCUCGUUGCAGUCUUCAGAGUGGUGGAGCAUUCUCUGUGUUGUUUUAGUGACAGCCAUUCUGAGCCUUACAAUCCUCAUCAUCUGGAGACAACCGCAAAGCACAACAAAAGCUGCUUUCAUGGUUCCUUUUGUGCCGUUGCUUCCGAUCUUGAGCACCUUGAUCAAUAUUUACUUAAUGGUUCAACUGGGAUCGGAUACAUGGAUACGUUAUGCUGUUUGGAUGGCAAUAGGUUUGAUCAUCUACUUUGCCUAUGGUGUUCAGCACAGUGUACAGAAGCAAAGGCUGCAAAAUUCAGACAACCAUGUCAGUAUAAACAGAAUCACCGCUAAUGUGGACGAUAACUUGGCUCCUGCACAAGAUUUCAGCUAAAUUUAUUUGGUUUGUUAUUAUAUGAACAUGUGAUGAUCAAUAAUGGCCAGUAUGAUUAAACAUAUAUAUAUAAAAAAAAAAAAAAAAAAAAAAAAAAAAAAACCUCAUUACCCUAUCUUUGGAUGAAUACUAGGGCGUAGGUUUGGUCUAAAUAUUGGUAGGGGCGAUAUUACCGUAAUGCACAUAAUGUAAACAAUGAUCCAAAUAAGGGACGGCUAGCUUGACUUCGUUGUUCCUUGUGGAGGCUGGCCUGACCGCAGUAGUUUUGCAGGUUAGAAAGUUUAACGUUAUGCUUACUCUGAUGCAGGUCGAACUUUCAAUAGCAAAAUUAGUGGUGUUUCCCCCACUGCCACAACAUGGACGUCUUUUUACAUGACUUGGCCGAAAAAAAAACGUCUAAUAUCCCUUCUCUCCGAAGGGGGCGGAGGAGGCGGCAUGUUGUUGACAUGAAUGUGUCGGGAUGUGUGAGUAUAUGUAUGUGUCUUUGUGGUGGGACGGAGGGCUUCAAGUCAUUAGCCAGCCUAACGUUCAUUUGGGGGGGAUAAUUGUAAGUCUGAACAUAAUGAAAAUAAGUCACCUAAUAAUGUUAGGGUCUAUUCUAUCAUUAUCGCGUAUGGGUAAAUCUAAAUCACCUGUAUAAUUGAACUCUUUAUAUAAUGCAAAUAAGGUUGCUUAAAAGUUGGUGGGGACAAUUUGAGCACCCUGAAAAGUUGGUAGUGUUAUGUCCCUACUGUCCCUAUGCAAACCUACGCCCUUGGAUGAAUAUACA